GCGGGCGGUUGAACCCUCGGCCGAUGCCCGACAGAGAUGACUCGGACAGCGGAUGGUUAAAGCGUUUCAUUCAGCCCUAAAUAAUCGGAAUAAACAUGAAAGAAGACUCAACAUGCAUUCACAGGACAACGAUAAGUUAUUCCACACCAGCUCAGAGUUGGUAAACGGAUGAGUGAAGUGUAGAAAUCACCGUGAAGGCAUCAUGGCAAACGUUAAAGUUGCCGUUCGUGUUCGCCCUCCUAAUGCAAGGGAGACUGCGGAUGCAGGAAGGCUAGCAGUACAGGUGGAGGACAAGUUUGUGAAGAUUCGAAAUGUAAAGUUGGAAGGUCGUACAGAUGGUGCUGUCGAUUCAAGGGAGAAGCUUCUGGAGUUCUGUUUCGAUUACUGCUACUGGUCAGUGGACCCUGAAGACCCUCACUAUGCCUCGCAGGAGGAGGUGUUCCAGGACCUGGGUGUGUCGGUGCUAUCUGGAGCCUCUGAGGGUUACAAUGUGUGCCUAUUUGCCUAUGGACAAACAGGAUCUGGAAAGACCUACACCAUGAUGGGGACAUCGGGCUGUCAGGGCUCCAUCGGAUUGACACCUCGGAUCUGUCAGGGUCUCUUCAGAUCUGAAGACACUUUUCCUGACGGGCAAAACUCGAGCAGAGUGGAGAUCAGCUUCCUGGAGAUCUACAACGAGCGCGUGCGAGACCUGCUUCGAGGUGGAGAGCAGAAGAAGAGAGCCUCCCUGAGAGUCCGAGAACACCCUGACAAAGGACCCUAUGUACAAGACCUCUCCCAGCAUGUGGUCUCAGACUGUAAACAGGCCAUGGACCUUUUGGAAGAAGGCAUCGCCAACCGCAUCACUGCAGCAACCCACAACCACGACGCCAGCAGCAGAUCCCACGCCAUCUUCACCAUCCUGUACACACAGGCAAUCCUUGAAAACAAUCUUCCUUCAGAAACCGUCAGCAAGAUUAACCUGGUGGACCUGGCAGGGAGUGAGCGUGCCGACCCCCAUUACUGCAGAGACAGACUGACAGAAGGCUCUAACAUCAACAAGUCGCUGGUCACUUUGGGCAUUGUCAUAUCUGCUCUUGCCCAGAACUCCCAGAUGUCCAACAGCUGUCAGAGUAUAAACAGCAUGGCCUCUGAGGGCGAUGGCAGCACGGUGGGUAGCCACAGCAGCUCCCUGUCUGGAGGAGGAGGAGGAGGGGGGGCGAGGAGACACUGCUUCAUCCCCUACAGAGACUCAGUCCUAACCUGGCUGCUGAAAGACAGUCUGGGCGGCAACUCCAAGACCAUCAUGAUUGCAACGGUGUCACCCUCUGCUAACAGUUACAAUGAGACCCUCAGCACCCUUCGCUACGCUGCCCAUGCCAGAAAUAUUGUCAACAAGCCUCGCGUUAAUGAGGACGCCAAUGUUCGGCUGAUCAGGGAACUGAGGGAGGAGAUUGACAGGCUGAAGAGCAUGCUGCUCAGCUUUGAAAUGCAGCGGAAUCCCAGUCCAUCCCUGAGCGAUGAGAGGGAUGGAAAUCUUUCUGACAUCGUGCUACAGAAUGAACUUAAGGUGGAGCAGCUAACAAAGGAUUGGUCGGAGAGCUGGACAGACAAGAAGGAGCUGCUGGAACAAUGCAGCGUGGACAUCAACAGAGACCGAGCUGGAUUCCUCAUCAACUCCCUCCAACCGCACCUGGUUACUCUGGACAGAGAUGUCCUCAGCACCGGGGUGGUCCUCUAUCACCUCAGGGAGGGAGUUACCCACAUUGGACCUCAGGAACCGUCUGCAGAGCCACAAAUAGUCUUGCAGGGCAAUGCCAGCUGUGAGAUUGAAAACCACGGAGGUGUUGUAACGCUGAGACCCCUGCCGGGCUGUGUCUGCCUGCUCAACGACAGAGAGGUCACUGAGCCCUGCAGACUGGCUCAAGGGAUGGUGAUCACCUUGGGAGGAGUGCAUAAGUUUCGUUUCAACCACCCAGCAGAGGCAGCCGUGCUCAGGGAGCGCAGGCGGGCAAGUGAAAGCGACAUGACCUGUACCUACAUUGACCUAUGUCCCCUGAGUCCUGACCACAGUGUUGAAGAAGUAAAACUCCAAGGGCAGCUGGGUGACUGUCUCUCCCCCAGUGAGGAGUCUACUGCGAGGCAGCGUGUGGAGGCACAGCAACGCUACGUGGAGAGUUUGCGACAGGAGAUUCAUGCUGAACAGAGACGGGCUGAGAGAGAGCUGGAGCGCGAGCAGGACCAUCUUCAACAGCAGCACAGUGAGAUCCAGCAGUGGAUUCUGCAGGAGAAGCACCACCUAACAACUGUUGAGCAAAGAAUCACUCAAGAGUUGGGAGUCCAAACUGACCUUGUCCCUGCACCCCUCCUGGAGCGACUUACAGGUCAGGCACCUGAGGAUCAGGAAAGUCAGAUAGUCGAUCGGCCACCGCUAGUUUCAAGGGCCUGGAAGAGGGCUGUGCAGGAGGAGCUACUGAAGCAUCACGCCCUUUGCCGCGCUGAGAGCCGCAUCCGUCGGAAAAGGUUGCACUAUCAGCUGGAGAGAAUCGCCCGCAAGCGGCAUUUAUUGGAAGCUAAGAGGGAAUUACAACGGCUGGAAAGGGAGUUUCCUCCAGGACCGGACAGUCCAGAGUCUCCUGAGUCCCCAACGAAAGUCAGAGGAAGACACUCUCGUAGACACUCAUUCUCUGCAGAUCUUUUGUCCAGACUCUACCCACAGCCCACUCCUGUCUUCAGACACUUCCUCAAGAGAAAUAGAUCCACAGAGCCGACAUCAAAUUCCUUCCCAGUUUCUGAUUCCAUUGGCAGCAGGAAGUGGGUUUCAGAUGAAUGUCUUCCUCGAGAAAGAACCCAAAGUUGCUCUGCUGUGAUCUUUUCAGGACAGAGCCAAGCCUGCAGAAGUAGAGUAAGCUCUUGCGAGAGCAUUAGACAAGCUAUCCAAGAUGAACCUAGACCUCAACCCUGCCGGGAACGACCAGAAAGAAAACCUCUGCUGCCAAACCGAGACUUGUCUUUUAAGAGCAGAUCAGAUCAGAACUCAAUGUUCAGACUGAAGUCACCAUUUGGAACUUCUUUGCAGCCAGUCAGCAAAGAAAAUAUGCAAGUGCCCAAAACUACUGAAUCAAGUUUUCAGACUUCCUCUUGCCCAAAUGAAAAAACACAACUGUACACUGCCAGCACUGGACUAGAAACGGUCAGGAAGACUAUCUCUUCUUCUGUUGGGCCCAAGUUAAAAACAGCUCUUACUAACGUUUUCAAGAAGCCACCACCAGGUGUGACUGGAAAACGAGACACCAAACCUUUUGAGAAAAUAUCAAGCAAAUUUAGCUGGAGACAAAGAAAAGAACAAACCCUUAAAGAAAGCAACAUGAGCAGACGCAAAUGUACGGUUAAAACAGCCGUCUCAUGUGAGGAUUUAGACCAAAGGAUUCUGUUUGAGGACAUUAGAGCGAGGCGAUGGCAUAGUACUGAGGCUCUGAUGAACAAGACCAGCAGGUGGGUGGAGAACAGGCAGGGAUUGAUUGGAUGGGAGGAAGAGCAAGAAGACAGGGAUGAGGGACCAUCAGACUGCGAUAGCCUUUUCUCUCUUGAUUCCCUGUCUUCUGCUUACGCGACAGCAUUGGCAGAGCAGCUGCGAGCAGAGGAAGCAGCUCAGAGUGACACAGAGAGUGUAGACAGUCAGAUGUCUAAGGAUUCAUUGGCAUUGGGAAGCAGUGGGAAAAACACAACAGUGGAGAGAUUUAGCCAAACAUUGGUGCCAACCUACUCAUUGGUGACUGAUUACUCCCAUUCAUCCACACUGCACAAUAGAACAGGGGAUAACAGUUUAGAUGGAAACAGCUGUCAUAAACCUCAGGUAAUCCCAGUAGAAGUGUGCUGGAGCCAACAAGACUCUCCAAGAUCAACUCACGGUGGUGCAACAAAGAAGACUGCUCCCCACAACCAAUUAGUAGCAGAUUCCAGGUGCAGAGACACUGUGCACAAAUUGAUAGAGGACUUUGGGAAUGUACAGAAUAUUUCAACCAGCAGCCCAGGCUCCAUGAGCAGCUGCAGCAUGAGGGAGCCAGAAAACAUGCUGGCUCUUACUGAUGCUUGGUCCUCCACAGAUGCAGCUGACAGUCCAGGGAUUCACAUAGAUUCUCUGCCUUUCCAAAGAAAAAAUGUGCUCAGAGGCAUGGAAAGUAGCAGUUGUAGUAGUCCAAGUCCAACCAGUACAAACGUAUCAGAUUCUCAGAGUGAAUCUAGAAGCUGUAGCUCAAUGUCUUCCAGCCCCAAUGGUGUAAAUAUGACAGUUCAGGAACACAGUGCUGAAAGCUCAAGGGGAACAUCAGCAACAUUAGAUUUUCAAGACUCUAAAAUUGAAACAACUACAGAUGAUACUCUGAAUGAGUUGGGAUGUUGUGUGAAACAAUCAGAACAAAGAGAAAAUGAUCAGAAAACCGUCAUAGAUACUUCUUACUACAGUAGCAAUAAAGGUCCAGCAUCCUUAACAACGUUGAAUCAGACCAUGAGUUUGUUACCUACUGAUGACCUCCACACUGAACAAGCGUCACAAGGCAAACUGCUUCCGGUGUUAACAGAUGAACCUGAAAUGGAAGCAGCUGACUUUACGAUGUCGUCUGCUGCUGAAGCGUGUGCGUCCGAUUGUCAAUUGGUCACACAUUUUCCUAGAAGUCCUACCAACCAAGGUCCAGUUUUGGGCAAGAAUUCUGACCCUCCAAGUGCCUUCAAACCAUCCCCUGAAGAUAAAGUACUAUGCAAUUUAGAUUACCCAAUAGAAAAAUUAAAAAAAUCUCAGAAAUAUGACUUUGGGAAUACCAAUUUUCCUACAAGGGACCAAACGUUGGAUGAAACCAAAGGCACUGAGCCGUACAUUGCUCUACAGCAGGAGCUUGUUAAAUCGGCUUGUAAAAAUUCCAGGAAGAGGAACAAAGACCGACAGGAUUCUUUCAUGGGCAGCCUGAAAAUACCAAAAUGGACCAAAUGCAAAGAGUCGGUAACUUUAUGCCGUACACCAGUUGGCAGCCAAGAAGGUAUUUGGCCUGAUGACAAUAAUAACACCAGUGACUCAAAAGGGGAGCAAUCUUCUGUAGAAGCUGACAGCCGUGAAUUUGAUUUUAUUUGUGUUGAUGGCACAAAAAGACAGGGAAGCAUAGUUUCAGUGGAAUCGCCAGUUUAUGGUCCCAUGAGCGGGAUACUUGAGCCCAGUUGUCAGAUCUUUGAGGACUUUGAAUGUGUUAACAAUUGUUCUCAGAAUGGUACCUCUGUGGGGGAGAGACUGUUGGUUGAAAUGAUUGGUGUAACAAAAAAGGAAAUAGCUGCCGAAACCAAAGGAGGAGAAUGCCAAAUUGAUUACCCUAGAAAACAUCAAGAAGGUAGAAAACACACAUGCAAGUCUGAUGCAAUUUGUAGCGCCAUUGAUCUGAGAAUCUCAGAAGUGGUGAAAGAGCACAUGAGAGUGUCAAUGGUUGGCCCCGCUGUUGAGAGGAAGAGCAUGAGUAAAAGCCUGAAUGCCUUAUCCUCUACAUUUCCUGUUAGCUGUCAUAGUGAUGAAAAUAAAUGGAUAGAAAAAGAAGUAAUAAAUCAUACGAGUCAUCAGGUGAAAGAAGAAGAAGAAAUCCUUGGUAAACCAAUUUCACCUGAAAGAAUGGCAAGUGAAAACAUGGUGGACAAAAAUGGGCACCUUCAAUCAGAUCAACGAGCUGAAUUGACAACUGUCCAUGAUAAUAGCUCGCUGAGAAUAACUGAAGUUAUACAGAAGAUUGACCAUGGUUGUGACUUUUCUGACGCAACAUCAAAGAAGCCAACUAAUGAUCAUUCAAUCCUUGAGUUCCAAAACUCCUCUGCUAAAAAAAUCAUCCAGUCAAACCUGACGGUAUGCAGCCAUAGAAAAUCUGAGCACCCCAGCAGCCCCAGUUUGGAAUCUAUUGGUUUGUUCUCGAUGAGUGACUCCUCUUCAGCAAGAAAAUGUGUUGUUUCCCAAGAAAACAUUGACGAGAAACAUGCUUUGCUUCAAGAAAUGAAUGAUUCAGGUGAACAGAAAGUAAGAUGUUCUUCUUGUUUCAUCGUCAGUGAUCCAUGUUCUAAUGAAGUGGGAACCCAUAGUGGUUUGGAUUGCUCUACUGUUAAUCGGGAUUUCCAACAACUUCAACAAAUGCCCAAUGAAACACAUUCCGCAAAUGGUUAUUCAAAUGACAACAGUGGCUAUAUUCCUGUUGAGGAUAUCAGUGUGGAAGUCAUGCCUAGUGUUGAAGAUAAAGAUGGUUUCUCAUGCAAACAAAACCAACCAAGUACCAUUCAACAUCUUAAGAAUUGUCCUGAAACAUCUGAAGACAUAAAAUUAUUACCUAAAGGGACACAUACCACCAACCAGAACACACAUACUGAUGAAAUGUCCUCAAUAAAGGGCUUUGCUGUUACCACUGGUGGAAAUGGUGAAACAGACAACACAACAGGUGGUAUAGGUUGUAUUGCAACAGAGGAGCUGCUCAGCUGCAUACAGACUUGUUCAAAUAACUCAACUCAGACUUGGGUUGUCAAUGAGAAUUACAACAACUCCCAGCAUUUAUCAAAUUCUCAAUGGAAGUUUGAUAAUGAUAUUCAAGUUGAGGGCCAACAUAAUUGUAAAGUGAAAAAUGAAAACGAGACAUUCACCCACACAUCUGAAGCACUGGUUCCAAAGACAUUGUCACAAUCAAAUUAUGAAGAACGUAAUACAGACUCUAUGCAGCUAAAACAUAAAAUACCCCAUGAAAAUAUCAUCAGAAAUACAAGUUGCUGUAGACAGGUUCAGUUAAACACAUCUGGUGAUAAACUUGCUCACUCCACUCUCAUGUCUAAAAAAGCAAGGUCAAAGAGGUUCAAAAGGUAUAAGAGCCAAACAUAUCCCAGCUCUUCGUCUGAAUCUGUCAUUAAAUCCUCAGAUGAGGAGAGUGAACAUGAAAAAGACACCGGAAUGUGUUACGCUCGUCUCUCAUCUAAAUGGGUGAAACUUGGACAUCAAAGCAAUGAGAAACAGGAAUCCAGACACGCCAAGAGCAUUAUUGAAGAUAUUCCUUCUAAAGCGUUGGCAAGCAAAUCUCAAACAAAGACAUAUUCUGGUGUAACUCCAGAUAAAAGCGAAGAGUACACUCCAAAACGACACUCGUUACCCAAUCAAGCAAUGUCACAAAAGACAAUUUCUGAAACAGUCAUCCCAUAUGCAAAGAAAGGUGAAGCAGAACAUACGCUCAAGGCUCAGGACUCUCCUAUGCAUUUUGCCUCCAGUGACAUCAACCCGUUUGUUCACCAAUGGCAGGGAAGUGACUCAAACCAACACGGCUAUAAAAACCCAUCAUUUGGAAGUGCUGCUGACCUCUCCUGUAAAUCUCCGCUUCUGAACAGCACAGAGAAACGAAUCACAAGAUGCUGCAGUGUUGACAAUGGUUUGAAUGGGCAGAACUCGCCUUUCAAUUCUCACCUGAGCACUUACGCCACCAACAAGGGGCUCUCAAGCACACUUAGCAGUAUAGAGGAUUAUAAGGAAGAAAAGAGCAAAACAUCUCAGCCCAGUCAGCAAGAAUCUGUUGAAACAAAUCUGACAGUGACUGAAAGUUCCUCAAAUUAUGAAGCUCCUGGUGGGAUUGGCAACAAUUCCAGUCAGGUGGAUGAACUUGUGUUUGUUUACUCCAAACAAGAGUGUCAGGCUGGCAAAACGCAGGCCCAAAGAAGGAGGAUGUGUGAACAUGGAACUCAAACUGACCAUGGCCUUCAGACUGAUAAUGCUGGCAACAAUGAUUGUGCUCUGAAAAGGAAAGAGCGCCACAAAAGGAGCAAAACAGAUGUACCAACAACACAGAAAGUCAAAGUGGACAUUAAAGAAUCCCAAACAUGGGCAAGUAUGGAAAGCAUGUCUGCUCAACUUUCAAAGCUGAUCCACAGCACUUCAGACCUGCUUGGGGACGUCCAGGGAAUGAGGACAGGAGAGACCCUCAAUUCCACUCCGAAGAGGAGUUUUAACUUGUCAAAUAUCAACUUGUCUUAUAGCGAGUCUAUUGGCUGCACUACGAGAGACUGCUCAACUCAAACAUCCAUAGAUGUUGGAAUCCAGACAGAUAGAUUUUCUUCACCAGAAAAGAAGGAGGUCACCGUUCACCAAACACCCAAUGAGCAGUUCAAAUCUCAUGAAGUCAAUGUGAUAGUCAAAGUUAUUGGCUCUGAGGUUGUCAGUGUGUCUCAAUGUCCGGUAAAGAGUAAGGAUACAGAUGAGAAGAUGCAGAAUAUGCCGAGCUUGAGGUGUACAAAUUCUUCUGCAGCACAAAGGUCUUCUUCCCAAUCAGAGAAUGGCCCAUCAUCUUCUUUGAGGCCUGCUGGUGAAUGUCAAAGACAUGUAAAAUCUGCUUCUUCCAGAGUCUCAAAGCACAGUCCACCUGAGGCCCUGUUCAAGAAAAGUGAAACAACAUCUGAAAUCAUCCGUAGAUCAUCAAAAAACCCAGAAUAUCCCGGCAAUUGUCUGAGAAGUGAACUAAAGAAAGCUACAUACACAGACCGUGCAUCGUCUCCAAUACUGACCGUGGCAGCAAGAUUACGCAUGAAGCAGAAAGGAAAUCAAUCAACACGGAGUCCUUCACAAAGUUCUAAUAAAGGUAGUUAUCCUGAAGAAGACAGCCUCACUUUGCCCUCAAGCAAACUGUCAGGAUGCACAUCUGUAUCAGAGGCUGAUCAAAUGUCCACACAGGAUUGUGAUGUGUCCUCUUGUAAAUCAGAAUCCAUAUCACUUGAGAAAGUGAGUGAAAUGACUUGCUCAAGCCCCAAAGACUCGGAUAAGGGCUGCGUAAGCCUAACUUCUUCUCUGGAUGUCUAUACAGGCACCAACAGGAGACAUGUUUCCUAUAAAGGUGACGGAUCCAGAAGGCUCAUGGAGGGUAGCACUUCAACAGAAGGUUUAACUAUGCAGGAUCAACUCUCUCCCAUAUUAAGACCAACUGAUUGGCUCAAAGCUAGACGAACGGAAACAACGAGCUUCACAAGUGCUGCAGUUGAGUCAGUAGAUUUUUGCGUUGAUUCCUACAAUCCAUCUCCAGUUAGAAACCGGACUGUUCAACUUCAAGAAGACGACGUGGUGUCCCUGGCACCCAGCGAGUGCAAUACAGACGUUCUCGUGAACACUGAACCAAUCAACAGCCUGUCCCCAUGUCAGGACCAACAGAUCGCCCCUGAGGACCUACCCAUACACAACAAGUUCAACAACUGGUCAGGCAUCAGUCACCAACAAUCCAAACCCUCCAAGAAACAGGCUCCAUUGCUCACCAAAGACAACGUCAACGGCAGGAAGUGUGCCGAGUGGUGCGAGACGGAGAGUUACGUCUCGCAUGUAGAAUCCGUGGUGCAGAGCGACAGGCGGGUGAGAGAGAUAGAGAGGCUGCGACAGGAGAGAGAGCAAGUGAUGGCGACAGUCAACCUCCGCAUGAACCCAACACCGCUGACUGUGGAGCUCACGGAGGCCAAGCUACAUUACAGCCUGGGAGAGACGGAUACACUGUUGAAGAUGCUGUCCCCCAGGUCCACAGAAGAAUUGGAACCAACAACCUCGGCCCCAACCAAACAGCAGCUGUAUGAUAGACAUCGCAGGAGUAUUGAGGGUUUGAGACAGAAGAGGGAGGACCGUCUCCAGACAUACCGGAGAGCUCGUAGUCUGAGUCCAAGCAAACAUCUUCACUCCUCUCUGCAGGAGGCCUUUUCCUCCUCCAAGGUGUCUGCCGCCAUGCCCAGUCAGCAUAAAGAGUACCUUCCACAACUGCGCCAAGAGGGGGCAGACAGCACCAGAACGCGAGACCCAUCCCGGGGAGAGGGCCAGUGCCCAUCUGACAUCGAGCAGCUGCUGCGGGACUACGGGCGAGCCCGGGAAGAGGCCAUGACAGAGAUUGCGAAGGCUCGAGAACGACUGCGAGAGAGGACUGAGCAGGAGAAGAAGAGGCUUCAGCAGCAGGCCCUGUCACAGGAAGUCAAGGAUGACCCAAGGCAUCGGACAAGAAUCAGUAACAGCACUCUGUGCACUGGAUCCAGCCUGAGCCUCUCCUCUGGACCAACAUCAGGGUACAACAGCGGCAACACUGCCCACCUACAACAAGGCAACAGAACUCAUCUAAAUGGACAGAUCUCAGGGCUGCAGGAUGAAGGGCUGAAGGUCAGGACACGUCCUCCUGUAUGUGGUCCUCAAAGUGUGAAGGCACAGAGAGUCUGGCUGUCUGCCCACGAUGUUCGCCAUGAGCCUUCUGUCACCGGGUUUGAUCCGCUGAUGUCCUCAACUCCAUCAGUCACAACUCGUCCGCGUCAACGCACCGCCUCCUUUGGCUCCUCCUCCUCGAUAUCCACAACGUAUCAGGAUAUCACAUCCAGCCUCCUCGGUCGAGCUCUGGCUGAGGUGCGACUGGCCUCCUCUGGGGAUUUGAGCAACCUGCUGAUGGGCAAGGCUACAGCAGGCUGGAGAUAUCAGGGAGAAGAACGAGGCGUCCAGGCUUACUACAAGCCGUCCUCCUGCCCGUCUGUCCAUGGUUUCUUGGGGGCCGGGGAGCUGAACAGACCCCUGGACAGUCUGUGGAACAUAAUCUGCCAGCUGUCCAAGAGCCACAUGUACAAUCAAUCAGUCCGUUCAGUCUGGACUCGACCACUAGAUGACAGCACUCAGCUGGUCUACAUACUUACAGAUCCGUCCACCUGCCACCUCAGCCAGCCGCGAGACUUCUGCUGCAUCUGCACCGAGUCCAAAGAGGGUGACCGCUACGUGCUGGCAAUGCAGUCUGUGUUUGAGGAGUCUCUGCCUCGUCCUAGUGUGGAUGCCGUCCGAGGCGAGAUGAUGCCCAGUUGUUGGGUCCUGCAGCCAAUCAGACGUAAUGGACAGGAAGUCACCAGGGUCUUCUACCUGCUACAGGUGGACUUGGGGACUCCGUCCUUUCCUCAGCGACUUUUAAACACUGUUGCCAGAAGACAGGCGUCUGUCAUCGCUGACCUUGACGUCUUCCUCUCUUCGUAUAUAUCCCCGGGAUGAAGACCCAUUAGCAGUGAGCACUUCGACUAAACUGUCUCCAGCAGGGACUUAGUCUGCCUUUAACCUUUUUGCACCUGAAAACUAUCUACUUGACUUUUUUUAUUCUAAGAGCACUGUUACAUUGAAGCAGCUUUUUUGUAUGAAGGUUUUUUUUUUACAUAUUGAAACUGUAUUUUUAUACGUGUUAUGUACAUUAUUGCUUGUAACAAUCACAAUCUCAUUAUACCAAAGAUUCACAGAAGUCUUAAGGAGCAACUUGAAAACACAUAUUUAGCUAAAUAUCCAGUGUGUCAAAGCUUCAAAAUACCCCACCUAAUCCAUUUAUUCAGGUUUGUUUUUAACGCUAUAGCCUGAUAAGUACACUGAUAUAGUUCAGCUCCUUUUAAAACCUUUAAGUGAUAAAGUGUUGGUUGAUUUCUGCUUUUACGUAGCCAAAUAAGUGAGACUUUUACAAGCUCAGCUACAGAGAUUAAGAACUUUUAAACUGAAGUUAGACAGGUUACUCUUAUUUAAUGUUCUUUACUACUCGAACACUUCAGCAUUGUUUACUUUCAAAGGUAACAAUAACAUGUAAAGACCCCCGUGUUUAAGAUAACGUUCAGUAGUGUCUUUGUUCCAGAUCUGGUUUACAAGGAUUUUGCAAAAACUUCAAAGCUAAGAUUUAUAAGAUGUGUAUUUAUUUCCUCAGGCAUGCUUUUGUUUUAACCACUUAAUGACCUUAAUUCUGCAGAAAAUGAACUUUUUUUAUCUAAAAGAGAUGAAAGGGGGGGUGGGGGGGUGAAUAGCUUUUUAACCAGUGAAAUAUAAGGAUUAGCUCCCCUCACUGCUCGAGUAACUUUCCUUCUGUCCCUAAGCUAUGUGGUGGACAGUACGGUGUUGUAAUGAAGAAAUUGAAGAGAAGUAUUGUUACUUUUUGAUCUGUGUAGACAAAUUGAAAACCUCUCAUAGCACUUUUUUAGGAAGGAAAAAAAAAACGUUUUGUAGCAAACAGGGAGGUGGUGAGUUAAAGAGUCAAAAACCUUUAAAUAUAAGAUGUUGAGGAGCAGUGGAAGAUUACUUUUUAACCAAAGGUCUCUGACUCAAGUCCCUUUGUGUGUCCUUGAGCUAAAUACUGCAGAGACCAGGGAUAGAACUCUAAAACUGGACCUGACCCCUGACCUCCCUUUUUUUUUUUUCACUGUUAAAGCUAUUGAUACCGACACAAUAUGGUACCCUCAAUCUAAAAUCGAUGGGUUUUUGUUCUCGCCUGUUUUGAAGUCGUAUUUAUUUUGUUCCUCUUGCCUUCUGUUUGAAAUGCUGUUGAAUGUUUUGUAUAGGUGUUGUUUUUAUAAGCAAAGCUAUUAAUGCAUCCCUUAAUGUUACAUAUUGGAGAGUUCUUUUGGUUUUUUUUGUACAGUGUUGAAACUAUGCAGAGUCCAAAUCAAAGGCAGGACUGUUGUUGGUCAGAGCGGGGUCAGCUGUAUCCAGCUAUGAAGCCAUAUAAUUAACAGUAGUUGAAGGUUCAUGACUGUUUUGGCACAGCAGCUGCAGCGCUCGAUGUGUGAAGAGGAACCAAAGAAAAUACUGAAGAAGAAGACACAGAUUGAAGGAACACAGUGACAACUUAUUGUACUGAUUUUAUUUCUGUCUACAUAUAUUUUAAGUGCUCAUUUCAUUUUGUAAAAAGCGUUGUUAUUUAUGAAUUGUUGAUGCGUUGUAUUUGUAUUGUAAACAACCAGCUUCCUGUUGCUAAAAAGAUGUUCGGCCAGUUUGUUUGGCCAUUUUUUUUAUGAAUACAAUACAUAUUUUGAGUAAAAUGUUUUCACUUA